CUCCGGGUGCUGCACCUGCGACUCUCGCCAUGGCCCCGUCCCGGCUGCAGCUCGGCCUCCGGGCCGCGUACUCCGGUGUCAGCUCUGUGGCCGGCUUCUCCAUCUUCCUCGUCUGGACGGUCGUCUACAGACAGCCGGGGACCGCAGCCAUGGGGGGGCUCGCAGGUGUGCUGGCGCUCUGGGUCCUGGUCACGCACGUGAUGUACAUGCAGGAUUACUGGAGGACCUGGCUCAAGGGGCUGCGUGGCUUCUUCUUCGUGGGCACCCUCUUCGCAGCCGUCUCCGUCGCUGCCUUCUGCACCUUCCUGGUGCUGGCCAUCACCCGGCGCCAGAGCCUCCUGGACCCCAACAGCUAUUACCUCUCCUGCGUCUGGAGCUUCAUUGCCUUCAAGUGGGCCUUCCUGCUCGGCCUCUACGCCCACCGCUACCGCGCCGACUUUGCUGACAUCAGCAUCCUCAGCGAUUUCUGACCCACGGGUGGUCUCCACACCCUGGGGGGCCUCAAGACGGGGACUCAGCCUUUGAGACGUCGGAUGGCCCGGCCCUUCGCUCGGGGGGCCCUAGGACUGGGGCAGAACACCCAGGGCAAGAGGCACGUGGACCCCAAAGCCGCUCUGCCCGCCCCCGGGAGACUCCGUGUGUGGUGGAAAGGGGGCCCUCUUGGCGGACCCUGGCUAGGAGGCAGCCCCACAGCAGUUCACAGGGACCCACUGUCUGGGUGCCUGGUGAGGAAACGCCAAGGUUAGGGUUGGCACAUCUACUAGUAGGUACUUCUCACCUCCCACCCUAGCCCCGGUGUCCUAUGGUCCCCUAAAAACCCUGGGCCCCCAGGGGAGGUGACAGCUGCCUCUCCCUGCAAAGCUUGGGGAGUGGAGGGGGGUGGGGGCAAGACCACCCUCACACAUAGACCAUACCCCACAGAGCAGGGGGCUUUGGGGGAGGAGGCCCCUGCCUGUGCCAGGCACUUCCAGCCCCAUGUCCACCCUGACUGUUCACCCAGCCCUACUGUCCCCUGCUCACACCUCCCCCAGCACCUCCAUCUUUGUCUUCUCCUCCCCUGGAAGGAGAAGAGCUGGCUUUGCUGCCCACACGUUGGCCCAAGGACUCACGAACUUGGGGCGGGGGGCGCAGUGGUUAACCCCAUCUUUUUACAUAGGCUGCCAUUUUGCACAGUCUGACCCCCACCCCCUGACCUGUCCUGCCCUGACCUUUGCCUUAUCUGUGUCACUGCCACUUCAGCAGAAAUGCAGCGCCAUUUGAUCA